UUGAAAUAGGAAUGACUCUCCUCAAACUCCUUCAAACUUACACUGUCUGUGGACCGUUGCGUCUCAUAACUGGUCUGGAGCUCUCGUAUACCGGACUGGCUACGACCCUUGGAAUUUGCAGUAUUUCACUCUCCUAAGGGAUCAUGUUAAUUAUUUAAAGGUUUUCUAUUUUGACAAUUUUUAAAUUACUGUGCCGUCGAGACGUUCUCAUUUCAGAAUAGAUUCUUCUGCGCAGCUGACUGAUGCAGUCCGCUCAUACAUUUUGGGAAUCAUACAACCUUCGGAUUUUCUAUUGAUCCCGACUUCAUUCUUCUUUAUAUUUUAUGGAAAGAAGGCGAGCCAUAUCCCACACCGUUCCAAAAUGGAUUUAAAUCCAAGCAUAAAAUGCAAAAUAGUGGUCGUUGGGGAUAGUGAAUGUGGAAAAACCGCUCUACUAAAUGUGUUUGCAAAAGAUUCCUUUCCAGAGGGCUACAUUCCCACGGUGUUUGAGAACUACACGGCCAGUUUUGAAAUCGAUACGCAGAGAGUUGAACUCCGUCUGUGGGACACUUCAGGCUCUGCAUACUAUGACAAUGUGAGGCCUCUCUCCUACCCUGAUGCUGAUGCAGUCCUCAUCUGUUUUGACAUCAGCAGACCAGACACCCUGGACAGUGUACUGAAGAAGUGGAAAGGAGAGAUUCAGGAAUUCUGUCCCAACACCAAGAUGCUGCUGGUGGGAUGCAAGUCAGACCUCCGCACAGACCUCUUUACCAAAUCUAACAGUGGACAUACGCCAGUGUCCUAUGAUCAGGGCUCCAACAUGGCCAAGCAGAUCAGUGCUCCCUAUAUCGAGUGUUCAUCCCUGCAGUCUGAGAACAGCGUCAGAGACAUCUUCCACGUGGCCACGCUGGCCUGCGUCAACAAGAGCAACAAGAACGUCAAAUGCAACAAGCCCUCCAGGAGCACCAAGAGGAUCUCACACAGCAGACCUGACCUGCCCACAGUGGUGUCAGACUUCCAGAAGACCAAAGCCAAGACCUGUGCUGUUAUGUGACUACAUGGGCUGUGAUUGGAAUCUUAGAUUGAAGGACAAUGUUGAAGGACAUUAUAAUGAGCAUAUAAUCUUUGGAUAACUAUGAAGGACUUUGUGCACUAUUAGAAGACUAUCGAUCUCCACAGCUAUUUCCAACUGAAUGAGAGAUGGUGUUUAGGUAGCGGCAGCAACUAUGCUGUGGUAUGUCAUGUACGUUAUCUGUGGUUGUACCCUGCCUUUUUACAAGUUAAAUGAGGCAUAACACCAAGUAGUCAAUGUACUUACACGAACUGGAUAUAUUCACCUGGAGUUAACUGGGAUUUAUCAGUCAGAACUAAGAACUGACUGGUGUUAGUGACUUGAUGCCACAGAAUCUGAGAAAAUGUAUCUUGGACUUUGUUCAUGAACUCUCUGGGGAAUUCCACUGAAAUGACACAAAAGAGCUGUACUUAAAUUCUAGGUUUGAACUGGAAUACCAUUGGUGGAGAAUUUUAUUUUAUUUUACCUUUAUUAGGCAGGCAGGGUUGUAGAAUCCUGAUGAUUGAAAAGCUUCAUUUUCAGAAGUGUUCUAGGUAGCAGUGUUUCCGAUCUUAUGUUCUUAAAAGCAAGCAAAAUAGUUUGGGGGAGAGACAGUGAACGAUAUGAGAUAAGUUUGUGUGUAAUGUUCUGAGAAGCACAGAUGACAGAACCAGGAUAGUGUUACCCGUUCUCCACUCCAUGCUGUUGAAGGCUCCUGAAUGUCAUGUGUCGUGUGUCACCCUUUAGGCUACUCCUUCCUUUCUCAUAAUUUGUUUUCUAAAUCUGUUAAUUCUAAGUUACUCUGAGAUUUAUUCUAAAACAAUGACAAAAUAGUUCAUUUCAGAACUGUCAAUUUCCCAUGUUUAAAUGUACUGUAGUCAUGCAAAUGUAGUAAAGGUUAGAUUUGAUGCUUAUAAAUGUAUAAGUCCAUCA